AUGCCUAACACAGGUGUCUGCUGUAGCUUUCAUCAGUUCGGUGGCCACGAUAUAGAAUCUUGUGUUGCCUUGCGCAACAUCAUUAAAGGACUUAUUCGUGAGGGGAAGCUGGAUAAAUACGUACACAACCUCCCAACCCCACCUAACCCUCACCAACGACAGAUCAAUAUGAUCUUUACCAUCAGUGGUGGCCCUACCAUAGCUAGAACCUCCAACAACUCCAUCAAACAUUAUGUCUGCUCCACCUAUGCGCACCAGGUCUUCGGCACUGAGCAGGGACGCCUGCCGAAGACACAAAAAUCAGGCUGGGCCCCCAUUACCUUCUGCGAUGAAGAAGAGCAUGGUGUCAUUCUCCCCCAUGAUGACCCAAUCAUUAUUCGUGUAGACAUUUCUAACUUUGACAUUGAGCGUAUCUUGGUGGACACUGGCAGCUCGGUUAGUGUAAUGUUUGCUGAAGCUUUCAACGAGCUCCAACUCUCGUCUCAUGUGCUCGACCGAAGUGUCACACCCCUGGUGAGCUUUUCGGGUGAUGUGGUCUAA